UAUGACCAAUCAUAGACAGACUUUGUCAUUAAAUGAAUAGUUCAUAAACAUUGGAGCAGAAAUUGGAGUAGGUUAGAGACGCUUUGUAAAAAAGAAGAAAAAAAUAGAAUUGGUAUACGAGAGAAAAAUGUAUCUCAAUAUCCUGAUGACUCAGUUAAAAAGCUGAUUGAUUUAAGUAUAAUAUGGGGAAGAAAAGAAAUAUUCAACCCCCGCCAAUAAUGCCAGGGCGGAUAAAAGUGGAAAUAAAAGAUGAAAUAGGAGAUAGUGAGGUUUUGGUAGCAAGGGAUCGUUUGAAAGGUGCUCUUCGAGAAUUAUUACAACAUAGUGACACAGGUUCGUCAGCAGACUCAGGCGAAGAAAGUUCUGCUCAAGAUUAUAAACAUUCUACAAUGAGAAAGAUGACGAAAUCUAUUAAUCUCCAACAAGCGCGAAAAGUCAGACGUCGUCGACAGGUACAGGCUGAUACAGCAUUUCAUCAUACAUAUGUGAUGAAACUAUUUGAUCGCAGUGUUGACUUAGCUCAAUUUCGAGAGGAUACACCACUCUAUCCUAUAUGUCGUGCUUGGAUGGCUAAUCAACCAAGAAAUCCUAAUUUGGUCCCUAAAGUGCGUAGCCCAAGUCCAGAAAUAGUUAAUGAAGUUAACAUAACAAAUAAUUUAAUUGAUGCUAAUGGAGAGCUAAAUGAUGUCCAUUAUUUGCCAAAUCCUUUACCUCGUGAGGAGGCUAUACCAAGAAAUCGCAUUCCAUCACCUAUACUGGGAGCCAGGGAUGAUCUGAACUUAGAUUAUGAAGGUCAAACUCUUAAAUCACGGGAACAAUUAAUGAAAGAACAUACUACACGGUGGAAUGCUAUUCGCAAAAAAUGGCACCAGCAAGCGCAUAAAAAUGAACAACGUUAUGUACAGAGUGCUACUAUACUUGGCACCAUAUUUACAAAGGCGCAAGCAGAAUUCGAAUAGCAGAGAUAUGGCAGUCCAAUGACUGCCAAUUCUUGCAUCACUGAUAAUUCCAUUUCUGAUCAUUUUUAUUACGUCAUCAAGGAAUAAUUUCUUAUUUUUUCUAUAUAAUUUCAUUGGUAAAUGGAUGCAUAAAAAAAUUGGGUAAAUAUAUAUUUAUAUAUGUCUUAUAUGAAUGCAGUUUUUAUUUAUAAUGCCCAGAAAAAAGUAAUCGUGUUUUAAUAACAUUACAAAAAUAGCGAAUUGUCUAGCUUGAAUACAAGAGAACAUUGUAAGACUUGUAACUUUAUUAUUUUAAUAAAAGUAAAUGCAAUAUAUAA